CGUGAAAAAGGACGAUUAUCUUCGCCUGGCAUAAGAGAAUAAUUGAGCACUCAAGAAGGUAAUUGUCCCGAUUUUCAAUGAAUACAAGCACACAAGACACGGAGUUGCUAGAGCAACUAUUCCUCGACAUUUCAAUAAGCGAUGUCCUCCAUCCUAGGGAGGGUGCUCCCGUCUUCGAGCCCUGGGCGAGCGAAUACGUGAACGCAAUUCGCGAGUGCAGGUUCGGCGACGCGAUCUGGGCGCGGUACCAAAUGCUUGGGCAGACAGUCAAUGGGUUGUGCAGAGGGAAGACCAUCAUUGAGAGAAUCACUGAAGAUGCGAUGGGCUACAAGAAAUACUCAUCCGAAUUCUAUGAUGAGGCUGUCGCCUUUUACAGGGCUAACAACAGCAGCUCCGACGGCCAUCCUGAGGUAAUUGAGAUUAUCUUGCGGAUCGACACUGAAGACCUUACCGGGAAGCAUAUCCCUGAGGAUGGCUGAUAGGCUCUGUUUUAUUCGUUCUUGUGGAUGGUCUGUUGGUUCUGAGUCAUGUCGUCGUAUUCGAUGUCGGUGAUGCACUUCGGAUGUCACGGCUCAUCCGGAGAAUCCGGGAAAAGACCCCCUCAAUUAAUUCUAUCUAUUUUACUUUGACAUCUGUUUUAACCUGCGCGACAACCACUCCCCAGCAGUAUAAACCUUCUCCUCACCAACUUUCCCGCCGACAGUAACGACAGGUUCAUCUUUGUACUGCUCAACAGGCUCCAUCAACACAUCAUCAGCUGGUCUGACAAAAUACACCAAACUGUACCGAUCUAGUUGUCCUGACGGUCCAGGUAAAGGCACAACGCGAUGUUUUCCCGACUUGAGGCGUCCAUUGCUGAACUUGACCAUUGCAUCGCCGAGAUUGAUGAUAGCGUGUCCGGGUAAUGGUUUGACAAAUGCCCAUUCUCCUUGUCUUGCAGGGUCGUGAGGUUGAAUCUGAAGACCGCCGACCCAAUUGAACAGCACGGUGAUGCUGCCAAAGUCCGUAUGGGAUGCAAGACCAAUUCGUUUGCCAUCUACCGAGUCACAACCUGGCAUCUUGGUCAUUCUGAUAUGAUCUCCAGAAAUUGAAGAGAUGUUAUUUCUCCUGGCAAACUCGUCGGAUGGUAGGUCAAGUUGCUGGGCCAAAAUGCGAAGGAUCAUAAGUCCCAAAGAGUGAGAGUUUUCAGCAAACUUCCCCAACUUCGUCCACUGGUUGGUGAUCUCGGCAGGAUAGUUUCGCGACUCAGAGUUUCCCAAUAAGUGAUCUUUGCUCACGUUGAAGAACUCUGUUGUAUCAGGUCGUGCAUCUUUAUCAGUCUGCUUGACUGCCCCGGCGGGUUUGUAGCCGAACAUUUGUUUACCUCGCUCAGCGAGACAUUCCAUCUUUUGGUUCAGAGGGAUGUUCAGAGCGCGUUUUGAGAUAGCGAGGACAUCUUCCGUGUCGUUCAGAAGAGAUUGUCCUGCGGGGUCAUCGGUGAGGUCAAGAUAGAAGAAGCCAUCUGAUUGAGAAGCUUUGAGAACUUUGUUCAUCUCAUUUUCAUCAGAGCACUUUAGCUUGGAGUAUGAGAUUCGAGCGAUUGGCACCGUAGGCACAUCAUCCGGGAAUGGAGGAAUGGUGUUGUCAAGACUGCCCAUGCUGGUAGUUCGUUUACUGUAAGAUAUGUGAUGAACUAAUUGGAGACCUCUAAAUGAUCGAUUGAAGCUGGCCGGUUCGACUGUUAAGUAUUGAGUGGCUAUUGUUAGUGUACGGGAAGAUCCAUGAGACGAUGACGCCGCUCAGCAUAUAUACAGUCAAAGCGCAACGACAUGGAAAGCUCUGUCUUUCGGCAGUUUGCUGAUUGGAGAAGAGAACAUGGGGAAAUGUAUGCUGCGUCACAUGCCAAGAAAAGAAAUACCACGUUGAAGCAGCUAGUUUGUGUGUUGGCGGUAAGAGAGAGAAUAGGUGUCAAUUGACUUGCUUUAUCAUCUGUG